AUUGUUGGGAUUUUAGAAGAAAAACCUGAAAGAGAUCUCACUAGAACAAAACCUCGAUUGAUAUUGAUUGCUCAUGGAGCCUUAGGACAUAAAAACUAUCUUUAUCAACGACUUUUGGCUGAAAAGCUUCCUUAUUCAAGUUUUCGAUUUGACUUUAGAGGCAAUGGUGAUAGUAGUGGAGAAGCUCGUUAUUCUAAUUUUGCCGAAGAUACUGAAGAUAUUUAUGAAGUAGCCAAUUAUUUUGAAAAUCAAGGUUAUGAAAUUUGGGCAUUGGUUGGACAUUCACGUGGAUCUGCUUCUUGCUUUAAAUAUGCUACUACUUGUGAAAAACCUUUGGCUCAUGUUGUGAAUGUCUCUGGUCGUUAUGAUAUGAAAGAUUCCACUACUUUACCAAAUCUUCCUGCUAACAAGAAACUAUUACAAGAGCAGGGGUACUUUUUAUGGUCUUUCAAGAAACAAGGGAAAAUCCUGGAAACCAAAGUGACGGUAAAGGAAGCCGAAAGAUUUGCCAAUUGGGACAAUUCUCAUGUUGUUCGUAUGCCUAAAACGACCAGUGUUUUGACUUGUCAUGGUUUAGCUGAUACUUUGGUACCUCCUUAUAAUGGUGCUCUUUUUGCUAACAAGAUUUCAACUCAUACCCUUCGAUUGAUUCCUGAUGCUGAUCACAAUUUUACUGGAAAAACUGAGGAAUUGGUGGAUAUUAUUCUUGAUUAUUUUGAACAACAUGAAAAA